AUCGAGCGAUACCUGACAACGUAACCAACAUUAACCAAAAAAGAAGGGUCGACGAUGUAGGUUAUGUGUCGUCUAACAAUAAGAGGGUCUCCGAAUUAAUAGGGCUAACAAUUUCCUGAAAUGUCAUCGUGUCUCGCGCGAGAAAGACGCGGGAGGAUGUGAAGACUCGACGACACGCAAGAUGGAUCAUCGACCUCGCACCCGGUAAAACCGGCACGGAUCUCUGUCUUCCGAGGAGGGAGGUUAGCUAGCUACCGUGAAAAAUGGCUGUGGAGUUUCUGAUAAAUUGGCUCAAGGCUCUGUUCGUAAUAUUUUUCGGAUUAUUAAAACGCGCGAUGUGCUGCCUUCGACGUCGUAGAAGAUCGUCCUGCGACUGCGAACCCCUGUCCACGGUCGGUGUCGUACCAAAUGUCUUAACUAACUCGACGGAAUUAGAACAAUGGGAUAAAUGGGAAGAGAAUCCAGUUGUCGUUAUACCGGAUAAACCAGUCAACACGGUACAGGCAAAGAUAGAUGAGUAUCGACAACAAGUAGUUAAACCUCCUGAAGUACCUACUGAGGAACGGCUUAACUUUUUUGAGGAUAUGACUCCAAAAAUCACUAGACAGACAAAACUUUUAAUAAAGGAUAAACAUUUGGAUAGCUCGUCUCCCAAUGCUACAAAAUUUAUACCCAUGGAUCCUGUUCCAACUAAUGAAUUGGAGGAAUGGGAAGAAAAUAUUGCUGCUUGGGAAGUAGACGCUAUGGAAGAAUUCAAUGACCCUACCAAAGCAUUGCGAGAACAAAGAAGGAGAAGAGAGAGGAAGAAAAGAAUAGAACAGCAGCAGAAAAGACUGGAACGUACUGCAAAAGCACAACCUUUGGGUGCAAAAUUAUGUUCCUGAUGCAGAGUCAUAAAUAUGUGGGAUUUAAUAUCAAAAUACACAAUAAUGUACAAUCUUAUGGGAUACAUACUGGAUAUGUUUAA